ACGGCCACGGCAACGGCAACGGCUGCGGCGCGUUACUGCGGCAACAGCUCCCGGCGGGCGACCGCGGUGAGGGGCGGCGGGCGCAGCAAUAAAACAAAAUGUCAUCAUCGUCACAAUCAUCCUCGUCUGUACCUGUACAUGACUGUACUUCUCCUUUAGCGGACUUUGAUCCUCAGGAAAAGUUUAUUCUUCCUCAUGCUACUGAGUUAAACAGUGAAAUCAUUGACACUUUGAUACAGAAGCUAAGUGAAAAUGAAACUCAAAAUAAAAAUCUCAGGAAAAAAAUACUUGAAAGGGAGAAACAGAUUAAAGAACUUUCAUCCAUGCUUCAGUGUGAAAAAAUCAAUACCCAGCAAGGAAACCACCUGUCAAGAUCAGUAAAGGAAGUACAAGCUCACCUGCAGUGUCAGAUUCAAAGAAAAGAAGCAGAAAAUGAUGAAUUAAAAGUAAAAAUGCAGAAUCUAGAAAAGAAAAUAGUAAAGUGGAAACAUCAAGUUGGUGAAUACAAGCACCAGAAGUCAGCCUUAAAGGAAACAAGUGAACAAAACCAGAUUGCUCUGAAGAAAGCAAUGGGGUCCCAGAAACAAAGAGCUCAAUUCUUUGAAGAAGCUGCAAAAAAUUUAACCUCCAAAAUAAGAGAACAUGAAGUCAAAUUGUGUGAGAUAUGGUCCACUGCUGAUAUCUGGAAAAAACAGCAUGAUAGAAUGCUUGAAGAAAAGACAAUGUUAGAAAUUCAAACAGAAGAUCUUAAGAAUCAGAUCACAAGCCUGUUGGAAGAAUUGGAAAGAAGGAAGGAAUGGAGAAGAAACUCAGAGGAGGAAAUUCUCAGAAAGCUAAAUUCUGGUAACUCUGAAAAUGAAAAGAUUUACCUUGAAAAUGAAAAAUUAAAGGCUUCCGUUGCUACAUUGGAGAAAAGUACUGUUUCUGUUGAACAUGAGCUGCUACAUCUGCAGGAAAAGGCAAAGCUGCAGGAAAAUCUCGUUGAACAGCAUAAAAAUGAGGUACAAAAGCUACAAAUAGCAGUAGAAGAGUUGAAAUCCAGGUAUGAAAGAGUCUUAAAUGAAAACAAAAAAAUAACAGAAAACAAAUGCUUGGAAGAAGAAAAGGUGAGGGACAAAACGGAGGCUGAGUUAAAGGAGUUAGAACAUGUUUGUGACUUGCUGAAAGCAGCUGAGGAAAAGCAGCAAACACUUGUGUUCUGGGAAAGGAUCCAUGCACAGAAAUGCAAAACCCUUAGGAAGCUGCAGGUUCAGGAUGGCAAUAGUGUAACUUCUGUGAGCAGUCUUUCCUUAGGAGAAGAGAACUGUAACAUUCAGAGGAAAUAUGAAGCUCUUAAAAGGCAAUUGGGAAAUAUGGAAUUUCAGAAUGAAGAACUUGCUUGUCAGCUCAGAACACAAGAUCAGAGUCUUCAGCGCAGUAAAUUGAAGCUUGAAGAGAAAAUUGCAGAAUAUAAUGCAUUAACCAGACAACUUGAAUCUGCUUUGGAAAAAGGGAGAAAAAUGGUAGCUGAAGAACAGGAAAAAAUGUCAUACAAAGAACAAGCCUUUCAGACAAAGCUGCUAGUUCUUGAAACUGAAGUGAGAGAGGGGAAAGAAGAAAAAAAACAACUCCUCUGCAUAUUUCACCAUAAUGAAAAGCACCAUGAAAUAUGUUUGAAAGAGCUGGAGAACAGCCUACAGAAGUCAGAGAACAAGAACCAGAGCAUCCAGAAUUAUGUGCAGUUUUUGAAAGCUGCAUACGUAACAAUGUUUGGCUGAACUCUUUAGCCUAGUUUAAAGUGAAGAAACUUUUCAAGAUUUGGCUCUAAGGAAAAGCUGGAAGAAAAGCUUGUUGUGGUCUUACAGUAUUUUGCAGGAUUGAGUACUCUAAUGUUAGUUCUUCCCUAGGAAAAUGUCUGUUGUGGGCAGGGAGAAGCAGGUCAGUCAUUACUGCAUGUCCUACUGGCUGGUCAUAUAGGAAGUGGACUUGGUAUUGCUGAUAUAAACAAUUAUACUAUUGAUGGCACAGAAGUGAAAAGGCAGAUUGCAUGACAGCAGUGACAGGAGUGGAAGUGUGGGGUAUGCACACAAAGUUGUACAUUGAUCUGUGAAUUUACUACCUUAUGUUAGGUUCUGUGCUGUAAAAUCUUACAUGUGUCCUUUUAGUCCAUAGUAAAUGCAGGUGAUCACAGGCUAUCUUUCAAAUCACGUGGAGGAAGAAAACACCCAUGGACUAGUUGCACAGUAAUCUGCAUAUUUUAAAUAUCCGGAAUUAUAUAGUGUUUAUCAGUCAUUACACUUCUGUUACUGUAGAAACCUAGUUGCCUGAGAAAAUGACAUCUAACCUAUUAAGACAGACAAAAAUUUAGAGCAUUAUGUUCCCUUUCUUUCUUUUCCUUAUAGUUUAGCACCAAUAUGCCAUGAACUGCUGCACUGCAUGGGAGAGUUGCCACCACAAGGCUGUCCUGUCCAGCCUUUUUUGCCCUACAUUCCAUAAUGCUCAGGAAUAUACUGAAGUAAUAUUUUGCAAAUAUAAGAAGGAAAGUGUUUUAGAUGCAUAUAUAGUUUAAGUUCUGAAUGUGCUGAUAUACCCUUUCAUGGUGACACAGGUCCAGUAAGAUAUUUAAGUAUUUGUGUUUGAGCUUAACAGCUGCAAUUGAGUAAGACUGAGUUGUGCCUCAGGUUAAACACAUGUAAAUAUUCAACUGAUAUAGGGAUAAUACAGAAACCAGUUCUGAUUGUGGUUUUAAUUCUAAAUUCUACUUGGUUUUAUAGAUAUAUGCCGUGAUAUGUUUUUGGAGAAGUAAUGCUUUCAGUUUAAUAUACGUAAUUUACAACGUCUAAUUAAUAAUUCAUUUUUUUUGAUAGAAAACAUAAGUUAGUUCAUGCAUGGACAAUACGUGUUCUAUUUCAUUUUUAGUUAUUUGUAAUGUGUUGAACAUUGAUGGUUUUUCUUUUCUGUCUUUUGCAAAAGCCUAUCCAUCCUAACAAAUACUAACGUACUAAUGGUCUGCUUGUGUGCACUUUUUAAAAAUAAAAUGACAAUUUAUUAUAUAUGACAUGCUAGUAAAAAAUAUUUCUGUUAAAUGUGGAGAGGGGGGUUGCAUUACACACACACAGAAAUAUUUGUAUUCAUUUAGUUCUGCUUGUGCUACUUAUAAAAUAUCAAAACAUUUUUGAAAAUCAUCAUGUAUGAAGGAAAGAUUUUGGAAAUAAAUGGUUCAAUCCAGUCUAUGACUGGUUUUCAAAAGGUCAUCAUGAAAAACUGAACACUUUGCAUUGCUACAUGAUACAGCGAUGUACAGUAACUUCAUUUCAGCCUAUCUUUUGCUAUUCAGGAAAUUAGUUUUUUCAUUUUUAGUUUGUGCUGUUUGGUUUUUAUGGCUCUCCAUUACCCUUUUGUUUAUUUGUUUGUUUGUUUGUUUGUUUGGGGGUUUUUUGCAUGGUAGAAAUAGAGCUGCUAGUCACAAAGAUCACUAGAUUUUUCUCAGUUUCUUUUUGAACUGGUGUUAGCUGAUCAUGGUGUUUGCAUUUGAAAAAUCUUUAGCUCAUUUAGAGAAAAAAGCUAUUGUGGUUUAUUUCUUUAUUCUUUAUUUUAUUUCUAUGAAACUUCUUUUGUAAUAAUAAAACUUUUUCUAGUUUUAUUAUUAAAAAAUUACAAUUUCAGAGCUUUAAUUAGGUUAAAUUGUAGGCAUGUAGAGUCUUGAAACUGUCAGAUCUUAAAAAGCUGACCUGGGCUCUCUACUCCCUGCUGCAGUCUGCAAUAUGCGUUAGAUGUGUUAAUGCAUGGGAACAUAGAAUUUAAACCAAGAACCAUAAGUCUUAGGGCUACUUGGGACCCCACCCACUUUAAUCCUGUCUACAAAGUAGCUUAUUAGUAGUUUAAGGUUGAUAGAAGAACUUCUUCUUUUCUGUUUCCUAUCUAUGACACAAAAACUGCUAUAAAUUCUCCUGUAAGAUGGAGUCUUUCCAGUAGGAGCACAGAUACUCAAUAAUUUUGUGCUAGACAUGUGCCAGCUUAAGGGAUAUCUUUAUAGAAGACACACGGUAAUCACUGAGCACCAUAUGGACAAGUCCUCAGUGGAGUGUGAUAGGUUACUAGCACACCUCGCCUUUUGAGAAGUUCUUUUGUCUAUUUAAUGGUGAAUGAAAUCAACACUUGGAUAUCUGGGAGAAGUUUAAAGAGGGACUGUUAUCAUGCAGCUCAAAAUGUCUUCUACUAUGAUAAUGUCCAGUGUCCUGACUCAGAAAAGAGCCAGAUUAAACUUUUUCUGACAAAAUCACUUCGUUCAUUUUUCUACAGAAUAAGGGACCUGUUUUACUCUGCUGACAAACUGUUCAGCAGUGUAACAUCUGUGUGCAUCCCUUAGUGCACUGGGGGGCUGAGAGCUGGCCAGCACAAACAGGGAUCAAAGCAGGGCCCCAUAGGAAAGGGUUGUGCAGGGUGUGAAGUAGACACAAUGAUUUCAUA